CCGAGUGCUAGGAUUCCAGCCGACCUUUGGCAUUUCUGAGUCCUAUUCUGUUUCUGGUCUGCAAAGUGGAAGUGCAAUGAACUGACAUGAUUACGGGACCGGAGGCCAGGCAAACGCACAGGUUGUUGGACUUGAAGAAGCAGCAAUGGGCCAAGGAGAGAGAGGAAAUAGCCCGCAUGGAUGAGAUGUACCAUCACCAGCACACCUCGCACCACAAAAUCGAACGCACCUCCAUCCGCACCUACUACUCCAACUUGGAUCUCAGCCAGACCUCGACCUCCAAUCAAACUUCUAGUCAUUCGAGACGAGCUCCAGGUCCGGAUAUGCAACUGAUCCUUCGCCAGCAGCCGGAGUAUCGGCAGGGCAAUCAGGCCUAUAUGAACCAGUUGGAGCGGUACAUCGACGAUCUGGAUGUGGAUGCCGAUGCGGAUUUCGAGGACGAGGAUGAGUCCAUGUAUCGCAGGACCAGGAGAGGUAGCUAUGCCCCCGGAAUGACCUCUAGGCAGAUGCAGAAUCCUGCUCGCUAUGCGGAACUGGUGCCCACAUCCCUGCAAACGGCCAAGGGAAGGAUGCAGAAUUCGCGACAGGAGGCGCAGCAACAUUUGAAGCUGCAACAUCAGCAACUUUUGCUGCAGCAACAGCAGCAACAUUUGCAGCAGCAACAGCAACGCCUGAGGAGUCCCAGUUUGCCAGCCAUAAGACAGAGGGUGAGACACCAGGAAAAGUCGGGGAAACCAACUGACAUUGAUCCCGGCAACGGGGCACAGGCACAUCGAUUAAACAAUCCCCCGGGAGGCGCUGGCAACCCAGGGGGAGCAGCGGGCGGAGGCGGAGGUGGAGUCCAGGGACCUCCUGGUUGCCAGGAGGAGGACACUUCCGGCUAUCUAAGCGAUACGCCCAAAAAUCCCCACACCCCGGACAUUUGGUUCAACGACGGUGCGAGCCAAAUCGAGAGCAUUAGUGGAAUGGGCAGUGCCAGUGUCCUGGAUGGCGGAAGUGUGGGCGCUGUGGGAGGGGGCGUGGCUGGGUGCCGACGCCUCCGACGAUCGAUAAUGGCGGGCUCUACAGCUGCACCGAUUCCUGCACCCAUUCCCAUCCCCCUGCCCCACCAUCAGCCGCCCCCGGGAAAUCCGCUGAGCAAGGUGUACGCCAUCAAGGGACGACGUGUGCCAGGGCAGGGAUACGAACCUCUGGCUGCCGAUGGAUACAUGGCCGAUGGAUACUGCUACAUGCCUGCCCCGCCCAGCUCCUCGAACAUGAGCAUGAGUCGCGACGUCUCCACCUCGAACACCUACCAGGUGCAGAUUGGGAAUCCGGAGCAGAGUGACUUCUAUGUCCACGAGCAGCACGAAAGGGAGCGGGCUCGCUGGGCCAACUUCAAUGGGGCAGUGGGCCAUCAGGCCGCCCAGCAGCCGCCAGGAUGGCUUAGCCGGGGGAUGCACGACCUCAAGGACAGCGAGGACGACGUCCAGUCCAUGCAGUCAUCCUCCACCUAUCUAAGAGGUCAGAAUGCCCCACUGGAUGCCCAAACUCUGGCCGAGAGAAUGGACAAGAGGCGCAAGGCAGCCGAGUAUCACAAUGCCAUCAAGAAGCAGCUUCACGAGCGGGAAUUAAUCCGGAAAUGGGAGCUGGAACGCCAUCGGCAGGAGGAGCAGAUCGAGGAGGAGCGCAUUCGGAGACAGAAGCAAUUGGAGCAGGAACGUCUGGAGUUCGAGAGGAGAACUCUUCUGGAACGAGAAGAGGCUCAGCAGAAGAAGCAGCAGGUAAUGCUGGAUGCCAUUCAGAAAGCUGAGGUUGCGGCCAAAUUGGAGAAGCAAAAGAAGCGAAUGGUUCGCCAGCCAUCCAAAAUGUCCCAGGAAACAGAAGAGGAUGAGUCCGAGCUUCUAAGAGUUCAAUCCGUGGAGGAGGAUGAAGACGAGGUGGAAACUGGGGCCGAAGAACCUUCAGCCCAAGAAGAAGAACAAUCGCAUACACCGAGGGGUCCCCCACCAGUUAUCACAGAAGAAAAGGUCCUGAUAGGCACACCCAUCAACCUUCGAAGGACCAUAACGAAACCCAUUAAACAACCCAAGGAUCCCAAGAAAGAGGAACCCACUCAGAAUAAAAGACAAACCUCCUUCCUGGGUGAGGACAAGGAGAACAUGGCUUUGCUGAUGCAACCAGCUACCCUCAUACCAUUGCCCGUUACCAGCGAUAUUUUUGGACUACAAAAUGCUAUUGGUAACCUCCAGAUAGCCACUUACUUUAUGCAGCAGCCCAUGCAGAAACCACCACCACAGACCCCGUGUUCUUAUUCCAAGGCCACGAUGACCCAUCGCACAGACACCUCGAUUUACACAGAGGAUGGCUACCAGGCGGAAAAGGAGGAGGAGGAUCCACUGGAGACUGCGAGAUCUGGGAGAACGGAUUUGGUCACCGCCAGUGGCUGUUUCUCCCCGGACUCCUUGGAGGUGGAUGUGGCUCCAGUUUCGGUGCCCGAGCAAGAUAAACUAGCAUUGAUACCCCUCAAGACGCCUCUACAGAUGGGGCAUUUAAACGGUUCCGACGACACCGAUGAACUCCAUCACGAACUGGGUCAUCAGGCGGAUGUGGAAACCCAAACGGAGUUGCCCCUGAACUGCGAUCUCUGUUUGUUCCACGACAACUUCUACAAGGUGCUGCUCAAGAGGGAGGUUUCCACCACCACCACAACCCAGACAUCAAAGUCCCAGACCCAACCCGCUAAGGAAUCCACUGCUGAAAAAGAUCAUGAGACCACAACGACUACAACCACAACCACAACGACCACUUUUAAGGCCAAGAGCAAGGAUAAGGACAAGGACAAGAAUCUGAAAAAGCACCAGAACAAGGAUAAGGACGCCAACAAGAUGGACGAUCGACCCAAGUGGGGUGUCAAUCGACCGGUGGUUCAAUAUGUCAAGGCCAGUGAUCGCGAUCCAUUCUGCCUGAGGAAGAAGAAAAACCACCCGAGCACUGCCAAACCACCAAGAUCCCUGUCGAUGGACUCUCGAUUGGAUAGUGUGGCGGCUCUGCCCGAAGAUCGGUUGAUUAACUUAGCCGGAGGACCCCCAUCUGCAGCGGGUGAACAGGAAGAGGAGGGUUUCCUUCUGAAGGCCCGGAACGUCUGCACCGAGAUUCUACCCAUUAAAACCGAUGAUAAGGGUCGCAUUUUCCUAAACUUUCGCGAGGCCAGUGCCAUUAUGAACGAGGAUGAGAUCAAGGACAAGCUAAGGCAGAAGUACUUCAACUUCGGCCGGAUCCUUCCGCGCAGAAGUUGGGCCUCGGCCACCCAGCACGCCCUGCCCUUCAGUGCGGUCACCACGGCUCCACCACAGGCCACCGUGGGAGUGGGUGACUUGGCGGAUGACUGAAGGUCACCCCGGAAACCAGGAAACUUUUACA